GCGAGUGGAUCAGUGCUCUGCGUGCUUCUCACCUGAUCUGCGUGGAUAACACCAUUCACCUGUAUCGAAACGCAUCGCGUUGCGCUUUGGAGGCAAAAUGCGGCGCGUUUUCAUGCGCCGAUUGGACACGGGAAACUAUCACAGUUAGUUUGGAUCCAGGCUCGGGCUCUGGGGUCCCUGAUGUCUCCAUCCGACGCCCCGCAGCUGCUUUCCUUCACAUGACAAACGCGCAGCAGCAGCAGCAGCAUCACAGGAUCGCGCGUCGCGUUGCGCACAGUGAGCCGCGCGGCGCGUCAGCUGGACACUGAAGAUCUGGGCACUUGCGCGCUCGCUCCGUUUGGAUCAAGUGGAUAAAAUGCUUUGAAUGGAUACGGGAUCGGCAUAUUUGAGGAUAGUCAGUGCGUCUCUUGGAUCUGUAAAUGUUUCCUGAUUUACUGGGAAUUUGGCUUUUCUCUGAAGCGCUGGUCUGCAUGGGCCACAUUUAAGCUUCCCUCAAAGGAACUGGGUCUAAAAUGAAGUUAUGGGACAUUAUAGCCACGUGUUUGUUGCUCCUGACCUCCGUUUCCACACGUCCCCUCUUCCGCAAGCUGCAGCCGUCCAAAAGAGCCGACGGUGAGACCCCCGCUCUGGACCCCAUCAUAGACUCUCGACCUGAAACCACAGACCUUAAACAAGCCUUCAUGGAAGAACAAUAUGAUGCAAACAGUCUUUACCCGGAGCAGUUCGAGGAUGUCAUGGACUUCAUCCAAGCGACUAUCGGCCGAUUGCGGCGCUCCCCGGACACAGACGGAGGGUCUCAAGGGAAGAAGGACAGAGGGCGUCAGCGAGGAGCGGAGAGGAGCACCCGGGGUCGAGGAGACAAAAAGAAGAGUCGUGGACGAGGCGGCGGCCGAGGGGGGAAGGAAAGUCGAGACGAGAGGGUCAAAGGUCCCGGGCGUGGAUGCCUGCUGAAAGAGAUCCACCUCAAUGUGACUGAUCUGGGCCUGGGCUACAGCACCAAAGAGGAGUUGUUAUUUCGCUACUGUAGCGGACCCUGUUAUGACUCGGAGACCAAUUACGACAAGAUCUUGAACAACCUCACCCACAACAAGAAGCUGGACAAAGAUACGCCCUCUAGGACUUGCUGUCGGCCGAUUGCGUUCGACGACGACAUCUCGUUCUUGGACGACAGCUUGGAGUAUCACACACUAAAGAAACAUUCCGCUAAAAAGUGCGCUUGCGUCUGACCCGCCGACCGAGCGGACUACAGCGAGAGUCAGGGUAUCGAGACGCUUUCGUGUUGGACCGGCUAGGAAACAAAGACGACGGAGUGAGGUUCGAGAGAUCUGUGAUGUAUUGUAGAACUGGCCUCCAGCCGAUCAGUGUUCAUGAUACCAAAUCGCAAGAUGUCCCCUAAAAUGACGGCUUAUAGAUAAAGUAAAUCGAGAGUAAUUUACACAAACAAAAUUUGAAACUUGGAUUUUUACGUUACGCUGUAAAUGAACGAGCGGUCACCUCAAACCCUGUGGACGGACACAAAUACAUCCACAACAACAGACUUCAGAUCUUUAAUAUCCAGAAAGUUAUCUAUAUAUAUAUAUAUAUAUAUAUAUAUAGUAUAUAUGAAAAUGUAUUUAUUGAGAUUUAAUUAAGUUAUUGUUAUUUAUUGCAAUCCAUUGUAUAAGAGUGUUUGUUUUUUCUUAUUUAUUUUAGGAAGUUAUUUGGUUCUCUGUCUUGGAUGGUGCCAAAUUGUAGCAUGUGUUUCUAAAGUCAACCAGUUCACCCAAACAUCGACACUAAAAAAAUGCUGGUUGUUUUAUCAUAAAAUAUGGACCAACCCAACGCAUGGUUUAAAGUUACCUAGAAUGUCAUUUUUUUGACGCAGCCAUGCGUUUAAACAACCCAAUACAGGUUAAUUCAUACCCAACAUUUCACUGUAAAAAAAAAAAGUAUAUUAGACGUUUAUAGAUUUUUCAAGUAUAUUGUAAACAACGGUAAUUUUACCGAAUGUAAAAACAUCAAAUUUCAUAACAAAAUAAAUUUAAUUGAAAACGUAAAACGGCAUUUUCCUGGCACCCCAGCUGCCAGACACUUUUGGUUUUCCUUGGAUUUUCGUACAAUGUUUGGUUUGUCCAUAUUUUACCCAGCAGUGCGUAAAACAACCCGCAUUUUCCCUCACGUUGAUUUUCUUUCGUCUGUGCAACACAAUGGCAUCUCAUUUUUGAGCAGAAUAUCUAAACUGCUGUUUCGAAUCCAAUGACAGCGGACGGUGAUUCAUACCGCCAAACCCUGUGUAUUCUGAUGUCAUGUGCUUUGUGAAGAAAACACAAAAAAUGUACCAAUAAUCUGUCCAUCUGCCAGACGUCAUGCUUGAUUGAACAUCAUCGCUACUUCAGGUUUGUGACCAAAUAAGAUCAGAGCCCGGCUUAGAGGAAGAUCAAGAUUAAAUUUCAUUCCGUUCUGUGACUACAAAAGAUGUGAAAUAUUGGUGGUUCAUGUAGACUACCUUGAUAGUACCUGAAGCUUGGCGGUAUGAAUCGCUUUCCAUGCACAGAAACAUUGUAAGAUGUCCUUAUGUCACAGAAGAAAGCUAAAAUGUAGUCGGGUACGUAACUGAUAAAUGUUCGCUUUUGGCUGAAAAGCAGAUCACGCCUUUAUGCUUUAUGUCUCUGGCUCCAGCAUCGCCCUUUCUUUAAAAACAACACAAGAUCAUAAGCAAGGCAGAAUGAUUUUACAGCAAGAAAUAAGUGGACCAACUAAUACGCCACAAAAUAAAGAGCCGAUGUUGUGCAAAAGUUCCAUCGCUUAAAGAAUUCAUUACAAAAAAUAUACAAAAGCCAGCGAGAGCCCAAUUGUUUUCCCAGACGGUUUUUGGUGGUUGUUACAGGAACUCAAAUGGCUCGUCUCCAAUUAUCUCUUUAAAAUACAGCCUGGCCCGACGUGUUUAUAUCUCACUGUAAUGAAGCCAGACAGAAACACGGGCACGCUACAGGCCGUCCCUACCGUUUGAUCAGAGUAAAUGAUGUUGCGUUUGACCUUUCAUACCCGUUGACCAGUUGGAGAGCGUCUGGUAACUUGGAAUUAUCGCCGAGGUCACAAAGCCCCCCACAGAUUUCACCCAUUAAUCUGCACAAAUGAAAUGUAAAACGGCAAGACUCCCCAUCGUUUAAGACCAAUUAUAUCAAAUCUGCUUUGUCUACUCUUUAACGGCAUUAGGAAACUUCUGCACAAUCCAUGACCAGGCCUGUUCUCCUGGAGUCGGCUGGAGAUAGUAAACACACGCUCAGAAACAGGUCAAUUCAUCCAAACAUUAGAGUAAGAAGACAUUAGAGCCGAGAGAUAAACACACCUUUAUGAUGCCGUGUAUUACCAUCCGCAAGACACAGAGCCCGAUUAUGUGGUAAUCCCCCAGCGCACACUGAACAAAUCCACCCGUUUCUAAAGUAUUUAGGCCAACCUUUGAUAAGCAUGAGCUACCUCCAUUUACCAGAACAUCCUUUAUGGCUUUUGCAUUACAGAUACAACGUGCAAAAGCUGUGACACACACUCCUGUUCUCUGAUGUAUGACCCAAGUGUACAUGACCUGGGCUUGCAAGUUACGUUUAUGGUUUCCCGGCUAGAAAUGUUAGAGUUCAGAUGUGAGCAUCGGAUCUUGUUCUGCAGUGUUUGUUGGUCCUGUGUUGUUUCGUGUUA